AUGAAUAUGGACCUUGAUCAUGAAUAUUCCUUCAAACCCAAUUUUGAAAAGCUCCUCGGAGGUUCUCAACCACACACCAAUACCGAGGCUCCUCCCCAGCCUCAACAACCACACUGUAAUGACAGCAACCAGAAUGAUGUUCGAUAUUUUCCAACCAUUAGCAUUGUUCGUACGAACAGCACAAAUGAAGAGCCCAAGUCCGAAAAUAGAUCCAUUUCCUAUAACAACUACCAACCCUCUCAGGCUCUCAAUCAAUUGCCAAGUCAACUUCAAGGGGCACCCUCUGAUGGAGGCGCCAUGCAUGUCGACGUGCAACACUACGACGGUUCAAAUUUCACCAACUCUUCUUCUAUGGACCAAAACCAGUCCCAACUUCUAACCCUCAGUAAGGUCAACCCUAUCCUUGGUCAAGACCAACAACUAGGACAACAACAACUACUACAACAACAACUACUACUACUAGGACCACAACAACAACAAAUCCUUCAACAACAACUACGCCAACAACAAGAUCAACUGCUUCAAAAACAAAAUGUUCAAUAUCAAAAAUUACUAGAUCAACAAAUAGAACUACAAAAUCAACUUAUAAAAUCGCAAUCAGAACAACAAGAACAACUACAAAAAUUACUAGAUCAACAAAAGGAACAAUUAAAUUCUCAACAAGAAAAAGAACGAGGACAACUACUCACAAAGCAAUCUCAACUUUCAUUUGUGUAUCCACCAGUUGCUUUCCUUUCCCAACAAUUACUUGACCUUCUUUGUGUUGACGCCAAGCCAUUGCAAGAAAAACCCUUAGAGUGGGUACGUGGAGCAAGUACAGGGGUUCCAAGUGGAAGUGUCACAAAUCAUUUCAAAGUUCGUGCUAGUAAAUUGUUCAAGUUUAGCGAUGUGACACUCAUGGCAAAGUUUGUUGUUGAAAACGAGGAUUUCAUACUCAAGUACCAAAUUACCAAUGUCGACGAUGUUGGAAAUGCCGAACUUGCCUUUACAAUCUUUCUAAAGUCCAAUUCAAAGUCAAAGUCCAAUUCAAAGUCAAAGUCCAAUUCAAAGUCUGACGACGGAUCAUUAUCAACAUCGUCAUCAAUAUCAGAAGGCAUCCCUAUUGAGAUUGAAGUUAUGGCUCACAAUCGUGGUAUAUCCAUUCCAGGAUAUACCGAAAGGAUUACAAUCAAAAUGUACAGCGGCACCAAGGCCCUCCCUCCAUCCAAGAUCCUCAUGGUCGAACCUGUGCCUAUCAAUGAUAAAAUUAAAGGAUUGGACCCCAACCAAUUUCAGGUUCAGAUUAAAUUGGGCCGAUUAUUAUAUGGACCUGCUACCAUAUUCCUCCUUGGCUCUAGAAAAACCAAGGAAAGUUCCACACAGCUCCUUGGCGCUAUGGGUGGACCAGAUGGCACCAAUAAGAACAUUGUCUUACACGAGCCAAAGUUUUCAGUCCAUCUCUCUCUAACUGAAGAACUACUCAAGGAAUCUCCAAAUUGGGUGACUGGCUAUCUUAAAAAAAAGGAAGAAAAAAAGGAAGAAAAAAAGGAAGAAAAAAAGGAAGAAAAAAAGGAAGAAAAAAGGAAGAGGAAGAAAAAGAGGAUGGAAAAAAGGUUGGAAAAAAGUGUAGCUGCACCUAGUCUUACAAUUGGUUCCAUUGUUAAUAACAAUGAUCCAAAUUGGAUUUUGUCGUGGUGCGAAGAUCUAUUCCCAACCUCUUUCACCGAUCUAUCUGCUUGGCCAGGCGUUAAUGAUGGGCAAGGAGAUAAUGUGCCCACUACUACUACUACUAGUACUACUAGCACUACUACUACUAGUACUAGUACUACUAGCACAGGAGAAACUAAAAGAAAGGGCAUGCCUACCACUACCUAUCGCCAGUCACACCAAUACAAUGAAACCAAUUUCAAGACCUAA